GUAAGAGUGUGGUUGGAUGUUGACAGUUGGCAGCUUUCAGCAAACUAGGAAGUGGCGGCUCUUGUGGUCCGUACAGAGAAGCAAAGUCCGUGACUCYGGUGAACACGGUGUCAGCCAUGUGUCCUCCAGGUGUCCAUGUCCCUGUCGGUCUGCUGUGAAGAGGAAGAUGACUAAUUUCAUCUUGAUGAGUUUGAGCCCACUUGGAACGCUGAACUUAUUUCACCAAAUUCUACCCUGAAACUCACUUUUUUUUUUGCAUCAUGGCUCCUGUUCCUCCAGGGAUCCACCUGCUGGUGUCCUUCAACAGGGAACAAUGGUAUCGAGCUCUUACCUUCAUGCUGACCUUCCUGCUCUACACUAGCUUUCACCUUUCCAGGAAACCCAUCAGUAUCGUAAAGAGCGAGCUUCAUAAGAACUGCUCAGCAGCCAGUGAGCUGGCAGCCGCCACCGGCGCUGUGGCCAGCGGUGGAGGCCAGGAAACCUCUUUCCCUUCACUCCACACUGAGACGCAGUGCAGCUGGAAGCCUUUUGAUAAAAGCAACUACAAGCAGCUGCUAGGAGCCAUGGACUACUCUUUUCUCUGUGCCUAUGCCAUUGGGAUGUACCUCAGCGGCAUCAUUGGGGAGCGCCUACCUAUCCGGCUGUAUCUCACAGUGGGAAUGCUGAGCAGUGGGCUUUUCACCUGCCUGUUUGGACUUGGCUACAUUUACAACAUUCACAGUCUCGGCUUCUAUAUAUUUGUUCAGGUGGCCAAUGGUUUGGUUCAAACUACUGGUUGGCCCAGUGUGGUGACCUGCAUUGGCAACUGGUUUGGAAAAGGAAGGCGUGGGCUCAUCAUGGGACUUUGGAACUCCCACACCUCAGUGGGGAACAUCCUGGGCUCUCUGAUCGCUGGCUACUGGGUCUCCUCUAACUGGGGCCUUUCCUUCAUUGUGCCAGGCCUCAUCAUCGCAGCCAUGGGAGUCGUUUGUUUCCUUUUCCUUAUUGAACAUCCGAAUGACUUAAAAGGCGUAUGUACUCAGAACCMGUCUCCUGGCAGCAGCAUUUCAGCCAAAAGUUGGAGUGGAGCAAAUGGACAUCCGAAAGUUUAUUUGCAAUACAAGGAUAACAAAAAGCAGGCCUACAGCUUUUUUAAGGAAUGUCUUCAAAGUAGGAAGGUCAGUUCUGUCAGUGAUCUCCAGCUUCACUGGGCAUCAACAUUUAGACUCAACCCAGAGGUGUCUGGAAAGCACUGGAACUACGACACGGAGCUGCUGCUGCCCCGGGACGCUGUGUGUGUCCCUGCCCAGCCGGUCGUGGUGGUGAAGAGCGAGUCGGAGCCUUCUGCCAUCAGCUUCAUGGGAGCGCUGCGAAUACCCGGAGUGGUGGAGUUUUCUCUCUGCCUGCUCUUUGCCAAGCUGGUCAGUUAUACCUUCCUUUUCUGGCUGCCCCUCUACAUCACCAAAGCAGCUCAUUUGGAUGCAAAGAAAGCUGGAGAUCUCUCCACCUUGUUUGAUGUUGGAGGAAUUGUGGGUGGGAUCUUGGCAGGAGUGAUCUCUGAUAAAUUGGGGAAGAGAGCCAGCACAUGUGCAGUUAUGCUACUUCUAGCUGCUCCUACUCUCUAUGGCUUCUCUAUGAUCAGCCAGCUGGGACUGGGACCAACCGUUGGAAUGCUGCUCGUAUGUGGAGGUCUGGUGAAUGGACCAUAUGCUCUCAUAACAACUGCUGUGUCAGCAGAUCUGGGAACACACAAAAGCCUGAAAGGCAAUGCCAGGGCUUUGUCCACAGUCACAGCCAUCAUCGAUGGGACAGGAUCUGUAGGUGCAGCUCUGGGCCCCCUGCUGGCAGGCGUGUUGUCUGCAGGUGGCUGGAAUCAGGUCUUCUACAUGCUAAUGACUGCUGACUUCCUCGCUUUGCUGCUUUUAUUACGGCUGGUGACCAAGGAGCUGUCCUCAUCCAAGCCCCACCCUGUCUCUGCUAUAGAGUUGAAGGAGCACUGAGCAGCACCAUGAUUGCACUGUAGCCACACACAUCCCUCUCUCUGAAACACACACACUGACCACUCGUCUCAGCCUGGAAAGGAGGGCAGCUCAGCUAAUCCCUGGACAACAUGACAGGCUCAAAUGCACAAGAUUUACUCCGGAGAAGAGCUGGAAACUGAAGAUGAACCAAGCUCAACAGCAGCACACUUCAAGUGUCACGUACACUCAGCUUAUGUGUAUCUUUCCUCAUAUAUCUCUUGAAAACACAGCUGAAUCCUAAUCAUUAUUUUUAACCCACAGAGAAAUCUGAUUUGGUUUUACUCAUAAUAGAUCCCUGUUUAAGGAAGGACAGAAUCUUUCUAAUCAUAACGAUAACAACUCUAAAUUAGCUGCCAUGUUUACAUUCAGAUAAUAGUUUUUAUUGCUCCAGCUAGGGAAGAAUAGCCAGACUGUAGCAGGAGUCUAAAAAGCAGGGCUUCAUUUUGAACCAUAUGCUACAGAUACCAUUACUGGUAUUCAUGGUCUAAGUUCGUAGCGUCAUAUUAAUUAUAUGAAGCCUUAUCAGAAAUUCAGAUCAUAGGGUUUUAUCUUUGUUUUUUAUUCUCGUGUUACUAACAGAGGAUGUGAAACACUUAGAAUUUGAAUUAGUUGUUGCAAGGAUGAUGUUUGUAGUGAAAAUCCCAGAGUUAGCUUUCUGAGCAACGUCCUGCCAGCAGCACCAGAUGCAGCUUUGUAGCGCUCACUGCCAUUUUGGAUUUGUCACUCAUUUGUUGGAUUAUAUUCUUUUUGCAGAGUGACAUUUUAAUUUGAUAUGACUCAUCUAUCAGUCAUAGAUGAGAAUGGCAGAGACAGCAUCUCUAUACAUGAGUGUUGAAGUCGUCUCUCUGCUGGAUGGAGGUGAGCUUCAGCUGUAGCUGUUUGCCGUCUGUGCGCCGUCCCAAAUUUAGCACUGUUUUUUAGCAGUUGACCACUGAAACGAAGAAGCUGCUAUUGCCUUAMUGAACCAAAGAGAUUGUGAGAUCACUUUAUUUGUUGAUUUGAGCACACUUUAAUCUGUAUGUUUAUUUCUGAUKAAUAUUUUUGUAUUCGUUGUCUUGUGAUGGGGCACCAAAGCUCUAUUUUUCUAAGCUGCUAAGAGGAAUGUGGUCUGUUUGUGCUAGGGGCCUGGGGUGAGCGGGUCUAAUAGAUUAUCGAUGCACUUGUCUGAUUUGAAGGUUUCAGGCUGAAAUUGUUUUUCAAGUUCAGUUUUUACAAGGUUUUUAUUUAGAACAUGUUCAUUUUGAGUUAAGUUGAAACAUUCAGUGAUUAUUUCUAAUUUAUCAUUUGCUAAGGUGAUUAGUCCUUUCAUUAAAAAUUGUGAAUGUUGCAAGAUGCUUAGCUAUUUUUCUGUUUUAUUUCUUAAUGUUAUGUUAAUUUAUUGAUUACUUAGAAGAUAUAUAAUUGUAUCUUCAUUAAAAGAAGACCACAUGUAUAUUUAUUUUGGGAUGGUGGAAGGACUUUGAGUACUUGAAAUAUCUUGUGCCUUGUUUGUUGUAACUGAUUUUCAGAAAGAAAAUACCAAAUGUAUGAUUUCUGUAACUGCUCUUUCAUGGUACAUAUUGGGGAAAAGGAAUAAACUUUGGUUUUGUGGGA